AUGUUAAACAACUUCAGAAUAUUUGACUCAAGUUGGUCGAAAAGGGUGUUGGUAGCUCUUCUCAUAGCUAGCAUUUUAUUGAUUCCUGUUCAUACAAAAAAAGAAGAAAUGCCAGUCGUGGAAAAAAUUGAAUUAGAUAAAUACCUAGGGAAAUGGUACGAAAUUGCUAGGAAACCAUUCUUGUUUCAAAAAAAGUGCUAUAGUAAUGUUUCUGCAAAAUACUCUUUAAAUGAUAAUGCCAAUAUCAAUGUCGAUAAUAGUUGUUAUUCAAAAGAUGGGAAGUUACGACAGGCAAUUGGUGAAGCUUUUACGCAAAACCCACCAUUCAAUUCCAAGUUAAAAGUCAGUUUUUUACCGAAAGCAAUUCGCUUUUUACCUAUAGGCCGUGGUGAUUAUUGGAUUUUAAAAAUUGAUGACAACUAUCAGACAGUAUUAGUUGGUGGACCUAGUAGAAAAUACAUGUGGAUUCUUUCUCGAUCGCAGAAUCAUGACGAAAUCGUUGUACAAGAUUAUUUAGAUUAUGCGAAAGAAAUUGGCUUUGAUGUAAGCGAUAUAAUUAUGACUAAACAAACUAAUGAAUAA